AUGUCGUUGUACCUGUCAGAGGACAUAAAGCUGAAUGAAGUGGUCGUUUGUUCAAGGGGGAAGAGCCACCGGCGUGACCACGAGGGGGGAAUUCCAACCAUCCGUGGUGGUGUGUUCCGAACCCCAAUCCUGGACCAACAGGAACCUCAGUCCAUGAUCACAGCCGUAAGCGAUGAUUUAAGCGGGCCCGAUAUGACGAGAUAUGUACUCGAGUGGUUUCGAGCCCAUACAGACUCGGCUGUAGCUCAAGCGAUGGCGGUCCUCUGA